AUGGCAGAUUGUGUCCUCCGAGCCCAGUCUGUUCCUGGACAAGUACUAUAUUCUACUCUGCGCAAGAUUAUAAACCAAAUAUUUUCGCUUGAAAAUUUCGAUAACGAGAAGCUCGCGAAAUACCUGCGAUGUUUACUCAAGGUUACUCUCGCUUCAGAACCGGAAUACCCCCUAAAGAUUAUGGAGGACAUAUGUAGGCUUGUGAAGCAAUGCGCAGGCAGCGAAAAGCCCAUCCCGUCUCUCGAGGUUGAAUGGUUUACGACGACGGCAUUCAACCACGGUGUCGACCUAUACGGGGCCAAGGAAGACGAGCUCAGUAAGCAGUGGAUCACGCACGCGCUCACAUUGGCACAUUACCAUGAAGAUGGGGGCGACCUGGAACGAGAGCUUCAAAAGAGGCAAAUCAGUCUCAAAUGGGAUUCAUGA